AUGUUAAUAAGCGAUGAAGCCUCUUCCUUUUUUCCAGGCAAAGAUGCUCCACCUACGGCUCGUAGGAUCCGACCUAACAGUGCUCAAUCCAGCUUUGUGCACCAGAAGCUUCACACGGCGCUCUCUCAUGCGGAGAAGACUUCAAUAGAUUUGACCAAAGGCUCAAAUGCUCUACAAUUAAAGCCUCGAGCUUCGGAAGAUGUCCAGGAUAAUAAAAGUAGCACUCGAUAUCGAAGUACAGUUGCUGUCGUGUCAUUCAAUGAUUCGGCGACUACCUUUUCGUAUCAUGCAAGUUUGGUGCCUGGUAUACAUUUCUACACCUUUCUAGCAGCAAAAGAAGUGGCAUUGGGACCAGUCGAUUCGGAUUAUGCAGGACAUGGUAGUGAGAAUGAGGAACGUGAAUCACAACGCUGUCAUCGAAGGCCUGACCUAUCAGCACUCAAACUAAACGUACCCGAUACGAUUGUAUACGGCGAAACUGGACGUGGUAUUUGGAUAUUUACGGAUAAAAAUGGAUACGUCCAGCGAUCGACAGAGUUUAAUGACAAGCAAGUGCUCGAGCAAUUUUCACAAGGUCGGACAGUACAAAAUGAUAAGCAUUUGAUCGUGUACAAAGAGUCGAUCGUCAAAAUGUCAACGGGGGGGUCUCAAGCUGCUCAUAGGUCUGUUUGUUUUCAAGGUAACCAGUUGCGUCUACUGAAUCUUGGAGAAGUUAAGACUUUAUUGGACGGUGUGCAGACUGUGAAAAAGUCUUUUUCGCUCCAACAGUUUGUAAAAUUCAAAGGAUUAAGAGCUUUUGUUCAACGAGCAGUUUUUGAAGCUGGAAAACCGUCUUAUGCGUGGAUGAUACGUAACACGGAGCCGCUAAGUGAUUUUCCCAAUAUCAGUCGACUCUGCACAAAUAUCCAUGCCGAAAAGGGGUGCACAUUUAUCAAAUUGACCGAACGUGGAUGUGCUGCAGUGUCUGAACUUAAUUUACGCAUAGUACGAUAUGUUGAGCGGCAUUUGCAUAUUUCUAUCCAGACUUUUGUUGCAGAUUUUAUCAAAGAUGCUGCUGGCAACUGGUGGUUCAUUCAGGUUAAGGCUUUUCAAGCUCAAAAGAGAUGCACUGCUUUGCCACGUAAGUUACGAAAGGCUUAUUUAAUGUAUCGAAAUUUUGGAAUGGACGAUGACGAGGAACCAGAUGAGCAAAAUCGACGUAGUAGACAUCAAUCUCAUCGAAAAAAUGUUAUUUUUAUGAAGCAGAAAGUGUCCAAGCUUUUUCAGUGCAAAUGCUGUUUGAGCACUUAUACGAAAGCUGAAUUGUCCUAUAGAAUGACUUCAAACAUGAUUUACGACAUGCAUUUACGAAUACGAUCUCAACUUUCACCCGAGAAGACGCUUUCGUUUCUAUCUAAUUCAUUGGUAGAGCAUUCUGUACCUGAAUUGGCGUAUGAAUCGUGGCGAGUGUGCAGUUUUUGUUACGCCAUCUACGAACGUGACCAGCACUUGCGGCGGAUUGAAACUAAAUUUUCUGAAGCUGUUGGAGUUCCUUCUAUGACAACAGCUUGCUAG